AUGAGUCCAAUUGAAAUUCACAGCUCGUGCGUUUAGAGGGAUAGUUCACUUUCUUGUUGACUCUGUUACGAUGUGGUUUACCGGGUUUGUUUUGUUUGCGACAGCGGUUUGUGUUAGUUCGGAUAUAAUUCAAUCGGAAAGAGUACCAGUGAAUGGCAAAGAUUAUGAGCCAGGUUAUACAGAUGAUAGAAUAGUGAAUGGACAAAAUGCUAACAUUCAAGACCAUCCAUAUCAAGUAUCGUUUAUUGUGAAUAAUUCAUACUUUUGUGGAGGAUUUAUUGUGAGUGAAAAUUAUGUUAUGACUGCUGCUCAUUGCGCUCAAAAUGUGGAUCCAAAAACAGUAGUAAUGCGAGCCGGUAGCUCCUUCCGCAAAAACGGCACUCUAAUUGAAAUAGCGGAAGUAAAGGCAUUCCCAGACUAUGACAAUCCACCGUUUGACAAAGACAUCGCUUACAUGAAGACAGCUAAACCAAUAGAGUUCACAGAUACGAUACAACCUAUAGCACUACCUCCAAGGAAUAGACCGGUUGUUGCUAACUCGAAGAUCGUUGUUAGUGGAUGGGGAAGGACAAAGCAAGGUGCGUCUUCAAUCCCUGACAGGCUGAUGGAGGUGGAAAUGCCUGUAGUGAGCUUCUUGCAAUGCUUCCUGUCUUAUCCGACAGUGCUUACCCAAAACAUGUUCUGUUCUGGAAAUUUCUUCUUGGGUGGAAAGAGUACUUGCCAGGGUGACUCGGGUGGCGCUGCCAUACAAGACGGUAUGGCCGUUGGUAUCGUCUCGUUUGGUCGCGGGUGUGGACAGGCCCUAUCGCCUUCUGUUUUUGCCGACAUUGCCUCACCACUAUUAAGGGACUUCAUUACUGAAAACACGGGACUAUAAAACUCCUAUAUGAAUUAUGAAUACUUAGCAAUUGAAGGUGUUAUGUUAUGUUUAAUGCAUUAUGAGAAAUACCUAUGCUAAUUUAGCCUUAUUAUGUAAAAUUAUGAUUUAAUGGUGUAUAAACCAGUGGCUUGCUUAAAAGUAGUGUAAUAUUGAUACAAAAUUGCGUAGUAGCUUAUAAUCGUUAGUAUUUUUAUUUUUAAUGGCUGCAUGUGUCAGUUUUAUAGGGUCAAAGGAUAAUGAACAAAAUCAUUUGAAUAAUAUUGUGAGAUAAACACGAAUAAGGCAGGUUUCUCGGAAUUGCUAUUAAAGUACGAUAAUAUUUUAUUAUUAUUUAUAGCACACUAAUUAAAUGUAUUUAUUAUCCGAUUGCAUCAGGAUGAUUGCUUAUUUAUAAGAAGUUAUAGGUACAAAAUAAAAACGAUAUGCAAAAAGAAAA